UGUUGCUGUGGUUAACCAGCGGUUGCAUAGCAACGCGCGAGACAACCUGUUUUCGAUCGAAGCUAACAAGCUAGCUAACUCCGUAGAUCUUAUAAACGGACCAGAAUAAUGAACCGAGAAUUGAACGAACAGGAACUUCAGGAUUUGUAUGCAUGGAUAGAUAAAAUAUCUCUUUCCCGGCCCAAAAGACACAUCACAAGAGACUUCAGCGACGCAGUGAUGGCUGCAGAGGUUGUUAAAUAUUUCCUUCCAAAGCUUGUUGACCUGCACAACUAUGUGUCGGCAAACUCCACACAGCAGAAGCUCAGCAACUGGAACCUUCUCAACAGGAGGGUGUUUUCCAAGCUGAACUUUCACGUGCCCGAGGACACAGUGAAGAGGAUUGUUUUGAACACUGCGGGAGUGAUCGAGCCUGUGCUGAGCGCCCUCAGAGAGAAGAUAGACGUGAAACUAAAGCAAACGACAGAGAACAGACUGGAUUUGGAACACUAUGACACCACAAACCAGGAGGAACCUUAUACAGAAAUUCGUCAAACUGAAGCAAUAUGUGUGGCGCGGACGGCGGGAGAAACGAUAAAAGAUGAAAAGAGCAAAAUAAAAAACGGUAAACUGCAACAUACAGCGCAGAUUUACCCAGACAUGGGCCCUCCUUUACGACUAGUCCUGCAGGGAAAAGAGCAAGAUAUCAUGGCAUUGCAGGAAACUGUGGAGAUCCUGCAGAUGAAAGUCCAGAGGUUAGAGCAUCUGGUUCACUUGAAGGACAAGCGUAUUGAAGAUCUGGUGCGGCAUCUGGAGAUAUACAAAGCAAAAGGCAAUACACGCUAAGACGGAAAGUGAUUGUUUGAAGAGGAUUUAUCUAGUUCAGAGCUUUAUAUGCUAUUGCGUAUUUUGUGUUUAAAUCAUAGCAAAUGAGAAUGCACAAUAAAUGGUUUUUGAUCAUUUGAUCUGUUGCUAGUUACUUCUUUGUGAGGAGUGUGUAGAAUUUGUUUUUCAAGUGCUUAUGUACUAACACUAGUCUUUGACCCUGCCUUUACACCGCCUCCUACGACUUUUGACCUCCAAGUACCCAAUAAAUCAACGAACCUCUUCCACAUUCCAAAUUGUCAGCAGAGUAGAAAUUGAAACUGUGAAAUAAAGCCAG